CUCUCCGCACCCGCCCGCUAUUCCGCACCUCGAUCUGCAGCCAGCGCUGCCCUCGGCCUCGGGAGAACUGGCUUGGGAGCCCGAAUACCUUGAGGACCCACUGGGGUUUAAGGGAGCAGAGAGCUGGCACAGUUGAAAUGGCCCUGGUGCCCUAUGAGGAGACCUCGGGAGUGGGGCUGCAGAAAUUCCACAAGCCUCUGGCCACCUUCUCCUUUGCAAACCAUACCAUCAAGAUCCGGCAGGACUGGAGGCAACUGGGAGUCGCAGCCGUGGUUUGGGACGCGGCUGUCGUUCUUUCCACGUACCUGGAGACGGGAGCUGUGGAGCUCAGGGGCCGCUCUGCUGUGGAGCUGGGUGCCGGCACGGGGCUGGUGGGCAUAGUGGCUGCCCUGCUGGGUGCUCAUGUGACUAUCACGGAUCGAAAAGUAGCACUAGAAUUUCUUAAAUCAAACGUUCAAGCCAACUUACCUCUCCAUGUCCAACCCAGAGCUGUUGUUAAGGAGCUGACUUGGGGACAGAAUUUGGGGAGUUUUUCACCUGGAGAAUUUGACCUGGUACUUGGAGCUGAUAUCAUAUAUUUAGAAGAGACAUUCACAGACCUUCUUCGGACUCUGGAACAUCUGUGUAGCAGCCACUCCGUGAUCCUUUUAGCUUGCCGAAUUCGUUACGAACGGGAUAACAACUUCUUAGUGAUGCUGGAGAGGCAAUUUACAGUAUAACCAUGCGAACACAGAAGAAUGGGAAAGAGUCAGAAUUUUGGAGGCUGGAAAGCAGAUGAAUGAAUGGUAUUAAACUUGGAAGACCUCAGAAAGACCCCAUUCAAGAGGAGGAGAUAGGGACAGACCGAUUUACACCACAAAAUCCUUAAGUGGCUCAGGAUCUAAGACAACCUGGAAGGCAGGGUGAAAGGGAAAGCUGAAAAUAAGGAAGCUGUUUCAGAAGCAUUUGGAUCCCCUCCUCAAUUCCCUGUGGGCAGGACAACUAACAUGUGCCGUGCUGACAGAGAAAUGGAGAUUUACUUUCUGGAUAGAGGGUCUCCCUUGACUUGUACUGACACCAGGCAUUGCUCAAGGUAGGGCACUAAAGCUCAGUCUUCCUCUCACUUGGCUCCCAGGCCUUUACAUAUGAGCAGGGUAGUAGUAAGGCUUUCUCUGGGGAACAGGACCAACACCAAGGGCCAGAAGAAAAACUUAGAAGAAUCUGCCACACUGAACCUAGGUGAAGCUCACAACUCAUGUUAGACCCCAAACAUAUCCACAGAGCUUUUUGGUGCCCUACUUUUAAACUUCAGCAGACAACCACUAAUUAUUGAGGAAAGUUUCUAAUAAGAAAGAUGGAGACCAGAACAAAUGGAAAGGAGAAAAAAGCAAUAGAGAAAAAUCUUGUGGGAAGAAGAAAACAUAAAAAAACAAUACCCUCAUUAAUAGUCUGAUAGAAAACACUGCCUUUGUGAAAUAUAAACAGGAUGAAAUAUAAACACAAGAGGACUAUUCAGAGAGCAAAAGGAACUCUUAGAAACGUGACAGGAUAAAUAAGUUUCAACAGAUAGGUUGCAAUGUGAAUUUGAGGAAAUCUCCCAGAAAACAGAACAAAAAGACAAAGAGAUUAAAAAACAGGAGAUGAGGAAAUCACAUAAACAGUCUUAUAGGCAUAACACCUGUAUCACAAGGAUCCUAGAGAAAAAAAAGAGAAAAAAAUCACUAAACAAAUAAAUUGUGCAGAAGUGAAAACAUGAAUUUCCACUACAAAAGGGCCCACUGAGUACACUGGACAAUGGAUAAAAAUGAUCCAAAUCAAGGUCUUAAUAACAUGACAAUGAGAUAAUGAAGCAGUAUGGUCAGAGACAAGAUUUUUAUAAGAUACCAAAGAAAAUGCAUUUAGUCUUUCAAACAGCAACAAUGGAAGUUGAUUAGAUCAAUGCAUUCAAAAUUUGAAAGAAUGAUUUCUUUAUGAAGAAUUCUUUACCUAAACUUGCUCAAGAAACCACUGGAGAACAUGUUUUACUAUCUAAAGAACACAAAACUCUCAAGAGAAAGUCAGUAGGGAGGAAGGAAUUUCCAGAAUAUUAUAUAGCAGACUUAGAGGACAACUGGACCAGAGAGAACAGUGUGACGACAGAAAGAUUCAUUGAAGGCUGUCACCAUCAAGAUCACUGCCGGUGUUAUAAUUUACCAGAGGUCUGAAUGCUUGGAAGAGCCCAGAUUCCUAUUUGUGUAUGCUUUCCUUGACCAAGUACUGAUGAAGUCCUGGCUCUCCCACUUUGUUCCUGCACCUGCCUCAUUUGAGUACAUUUACUUCAUCCCCAAGUGCCUUCUCUUUCUAAGGGCUGGAGGUGAGCCUUGGUGAUCUUAUGAGAAAACAGAGCUGCCCACUCCUUCUACUGGACUAAUUACUGCUGGAGGUCCAGUGUUGACCCACACUUUAGUUCAGUGGUAACUAUCUGUGGUUGGCCCUCUAUUUGACAAGACUCUAUGCUUGCUCAGUGACUCCCCUGGCCCCUGGGAGAGCUUUAAAACUCUUUGGAAAGCUGAUGCUUGACAUUCUGGAGCAUCAGCUAGGAUUACUUCCUCCUGGGAGCCUUCACCUGAAAGAGGCAAUAUCAUACUCUUACCUGACAGGUCUGUUUGCUAUUUGGUUUUUAUAUUAACCACCUUUCUCAUAUAUCUUCAAAUAGUUGUUAAUAAAAUAUAAUACUUGAGACCCUGGCUGGUGUGGCUCAGUGUA